CUCAGACUAUUCUCUCCCGAGGAGAUAGAUAGAUCAUGAAGAACAACUAGAACUAGUCCUCUCUCCUAGUCUCCUCCUCUACUAGUUGUAUCCAAGAAAUAUAGAUAGGAGAGAAAAGAUUAGGAAGAUAUACCAGAAAUUCAACCCCCUUUUUCCCCUAGUGAGAAGAGAAAUCCAACCAAAAAUAAAUAGAUUUUACCAACAUGGGUAGGCCACCUUGCUGUGAUAAAAUCGGAGUGAAGAAAGGACCAUGGACUCCAGAAGAGGAUAUCAUUUUGGUCUCCUACAUUCAAGAACACGGCCCUGGGAAUUGGAGGGCUGUUCCUACCAAUACUGGUUUGCUAAGAUGCAGUAAGAGCUGCAGGCUUCGAUGGACUAAUUAUCUCCGGCCGGGCAUCAAACGUGGGAACUUCACUGAACAUGAGGAGAAGAUGAUUAUCCACCUCCAAGCCCUUCUUGGCAACAGAUGGGCAGCCAUAGCUUCAUACCUACCUCAGAGAACAGAUAACGACAUCAAAAAUUACUGGAAUACUCAUUUGAAAAAGAAGCUGAAAAAGCUUCAAGGCCAUGAUGAUCACAGCUGCCAAGAUGGCCAUUCAUCGACUUCUCAUGAAUCAAUCUCAAAGGGUCAAUGGGAAAGGAGGCUGCAGACAGAUAUCCACAUGGCCAAACAGGCAUUAUGCGAGGCCUUGUCCCUUGACAAAACUCCUCCAGCCAGCAAUACUAAUAUUCCUGAAUCAAUGGCUCCUUCUUCUUCUGCCCCUGCGGAGACAAAACCAGUUUUAACCCUCAAUCCAUCCUUCACAAAUCCACCUCUGAAACCAUCUGGAUACGCAUCGAGCACCGAAAACAUCGCCCGGUUGCUUCAGAACUGGAUGAAGAAAUCCCCUAAGUCUCUAGCUGUUGUCUCAGAAACCUGCACCGCUCAAAGCUUAAGCUGCUACUCAGACAACAACCCUUCUGUGAUUACAGGGUCGAGCCCCAGCGAAGGGACGGCAAGUGCAAUGACGCCGGAGGGGGGUUUGGAUUCUCUGCUGAGUUUCAACUCCACCACCAACUCUGAUGUUUCCCAGGGGCAGUCAGUUUCUGUGGAAGAAGUUGCAAAUUUCAGACCAGAAAACACAGUUGGAGGACUAUUUCAGGACGAUGAGGACAAGCCGAAUUUGGUCGUUGGUAGUCAUCAGAUGCCUCCUUUGAGCUUUCUGGAGAAAUGGCUGCUGGAUGAUGCAGGCGCAGUACAAGGACAAGAAGGGAUAGAUCUAAUGGAUAUGUCUCUAGGGGAAACUGCUGAUUUGUUCUGAAGAAAACAUAACUUUGUUGGUUUUUCUUGUUUUCUUCAAAACAACUUAGCAGUUUUUCUCUUGGUUUUUCUGUCCUUUUUGGAGAUUUUAGUAGGGCUUGGAGGAGGGAUAUUUCUGAUCUGGAUAUGGUAGAUUUUGCUUUCUAGCUUUUUUGGGCACAAAAAAGGAUGAUGAAUCUCUCUUAUUUGGAAGAGCAAGAAGUGUAAAUUACUAUGUAGUGAAUAUUCUGCAUAUGUAUGAAAUUAGGAAUAAGUCCUCUUAAGAUUUAGUCUUGGUCCCCUUAGAAAACAAAAGUACUGGUCUUUUGUAUUCUGUGCACAAUUUGGAGGAUAUUGUGGAGACAUGAAAUUAGGGUUGGAUUAUCAAAA